CUUCUCUUCAGAAAGAUGUAACCAGGAGGUGUUAACACUCUCACACCCUUGAAGUGUAACUGUUUUCUUUGCGUCCAGCUCGGGUGUCCUGCCACUCUUCAGGACGAGUUUUUGCGGCUGCGUAUUGCGCGACCAGGUCAAGCCAUUGGCUUUGUCUUUCAUAAAUUCUGAGUCACUUUUCCCCUUAGUCAUAAUGGAUGAAGUUUUGCAGAGAUCCUUUGUCUACGGGCUUUGUACCACUACAAUCCUAAGUCCAACUCUCCAAUACUACCUCCCGGAUCGUGGCCGCCGAUGGCUUCGCCUCUUCAAGAAGCCAGUUCUCACGGCCAUGCUUCUGUAUCUCUUCUAUGCUGCUAUUCCAACUGAUCGUCGGGACCUCUACACCAUCCUCGAUGUUGACGUCAUGGCUUCAAAGAAUGACAUUUUGCAGGCCUAUCGAACCGUCUCGAAGAAGUUCCACCCCGACAAGGUUGCGGCGGCCGAAGCAUCUGGAGGCGCAGUUCCCCAGCGUCCUUCCGGCUUUUCCAAAAUGACGAAUGAGGAGUUCUUCAUGGAAAUAAAGAAAGCCCAAGAGGUCCUGAUGAGCGACACACGCAGAUCCAAUUACGACCGUUUUGGCGACUACAAAUACGGGGAUAUCGACGAAAAGACAACGAUGAUCGUCGUUUGCCUGGCUCUGGUUUCGCACCUUUUGUGCUUCUGCGUCGGCUUCCUUGUUUCGUAUCCGAAGCACGUCACUUUUGCUCGCCAAAUCUACGUCGUGUACAGCCUCGCCAUGUUCUGCAACGAACUUCAACUGCGAUUCGUCGAAAACGGAGACUCUCUCGCUUUCCUGCCCUACGUCAGCUCUCUCGUCCCGUUCGAGAGAGUUCAUUUCUUCCGGUCUCUCUUCCCCUGCGUCCUGUGCGCGAGUCUCUGCCUGUCCAAGUGGAAUUUCUCGGACAACCCCGCGAAGCGUCUGGCCUUGCUGAAGGCUCUGCUCUCGACCAACCGAGUGCUGACGGAGAGAACACAGGAACUCAUUCGUGUGACAGCGUACUUGAAGACCAUGGGGACGCCGUCGACUGCCGCCAUCAAAACGCAACAACAACAAAUGACUCACCUCAAGUCCGCGGCACUCCGUGCAAGAUUCUCUGGCCAGGAGAUGCCAGUGGUCCCUACAGCUGAAGAGGCAGCCGAUCAAGCUGGCAAGGAGAAAGACAAAGCCAGCUCGCAACGCCCUUCGCAGAGCGAGACCAAACCAGCGAGCGCCACUCAGAAAGACAAGAAGGACGUUGCAGAGUGGGAAGACUUCACAAACACGCUGAAUGAGGAGCAGAAGGAGCUGUUCAAGCGCAUGGUGGCAGACCAGUAUCGCAAGACCGAAGCGGAGGAACAAGCUCGCGAGUCCAGCCGGCGGCGUUUCGAUAUCAACUGGGGUCAGGUGUUGAUGUGGGUCUGCAUUCUCUAUGUGUGGAUUUACUAUAAAUAGCUGAACACUUAUCUAAUUUCGGUGUUUGUUUGUUGACUUCGUUUUCUGUUCGGCUGUGGACGCAUGCGCCGGCUUUCUGCAUGCAAAAUGGGGAAAGAUUUGCAGUCUCUGGAGGUCUGUGUCACAAGCGAGGAAAAGACGCAACGGGAAGUCCGUUGAUCGCGCGAGUUGGGUAGCUAGAAUGAACGCCAAAGAGACCGGCUUAGUGCUUCAGGAGGAACUCGGAAUCAAUGAAUUUGUUGUUUCUGUCCGGCCCCUCACUUUUUUUUGUCUGUUUGGCCCGGUAUGCGCCGAGGGUUCUUGAGAUUCCGAGCAGCCGGUCUGUUCGUCCAGCACACAAACUCGGACAGGGAAGAAAAAGGCUCGUGAUCGGGAGCGUUUUGUCGGAGCAGGUGCCUGCGUUCAGUGGAGCCGUUCUUCCCCGGCAAUUGUCUUUAGCCUUUCAGGUUGGGGAGGGCUCUCCAAAAAUGUUUUUUCAAAAUGUGGAACCUCUGCUGUGUCAUGUUUGACAAACAGCGGAUUUGCCGUUCUGUGCACGUGCCGAAUCUUUACACUGCUGCCAGUGAAGGCGAUAACGUGUGCUCAAUCGAGAUUCCCUCUGUCAUGACUUAGGCAGGUACCCAAGAAAGCUGUCAUCAAGGAAAAUCGUCAGAUGUAGACAUGUAUUACCGCAUCAUUGGUAGCUAGUGCCCCUAUACAGAUCAUUCGCGAUCCAAAACUCUUCAACUUAAGUUGAACAGAGACCCGCUAACUUUUAGGACACUGAAUGUGAUUCGCUGGAAUGUUCACCCUUGCUGAUCGGGGAAGGGGAGAAUCGCGCCUUGGUGAGACGCGAAGGCAAUCCGGGCAAAAGCAACAGACUUGCAAUUGCGCCUCUAGAAAAUCCUCAUUCUCAAGCGGCAAGAACUCAUAUUUAAAACGAACACGACUACGAUGUGGGUAUAUAAAACGGAACAACAAACAAAAAAAUGACGCCUUCCCAGAAUAAACGCUAUUCGAGCACAGUUAACUUACAAGGGCAAGUUCCCGAGUCUCUGGGAAUUUUGUGAUUUAUCGCCAGCAAAGACGCUCGGUGUAGUGACGAAAUGGUGAUAAUGCUGCAGUGUUGAGCUCAGUUGCUCGAUAACAGCGUCUCUUCAAGAAUACACCGAUUUGCUUUUGCAGUCCGUGUUUGUGUUUAGGUCAGAAAGCUGUGGCUGAACUGUUCAAACGUCAUUGUGUGGUGAUUCUAUAGCAAACCCAUGAGAUUACAGUGUUACGGUUUUUUGGCUCGUGAGUUUCUUUUUCGCGCAAACAACAAAUUAUCGCAUGCUCAAAUUGGGUGAGGCUUUCCGGUGGGUGCGCG